UAGAAUGGCUGUUAAGGUCUCUCUUAAUGGAUGUACAGCAACACUAAAAUGGCAGUGUUUCCUAAAGUGUUAGAUCUGUUUCAGAUUGUGCUUAUGGUUCCAUUAAAGUAGUUAACAGCUUGGCAAAAAUAUUAUGUGGCAAGGCAAGAAGCCAAAGAUUGUUAGAUUUACUAUGCAUUAGCCAAUUAGGCAUGGUGGGCUUCCUGUUCUGGAUUUCACAUUGGAUUGCUAUGCUGCUGAGUUUUGUGAUUUCAUUAGUUUGGUACAAGUGCCAGAAAACAAAUAUUGGAAGAUGGAAAACAAAGGAUACCCAAUUACUCAGGUACUGUGCUAGGUUUUUCUUUCUAAAGAUAGACUUAAAACCUGGCAGCAUUAUAUCCCUGACUUCAUAUGGGAGAAAUGGAAAGAGAGGUUACCUUAGAUGUCUCCCCUCUUCCUUUUUUAAAAUCCUCCAUAGCAGCUGUGUUGGCAGCACCCAAAUGUAUACCCAAUUGGCAUCUUGGAUAAAUAGGCAGUUUCUAUUUGUGGCUCAAGAUAUCCUUAUACACUAAUUCAAAUGUCUAUAAAUAAAAAGGCUGGUGAGAGAGACAACUCUUGAAAACACUUUCUAGAGAAUUAAGUGCUUUUGUUAUUUAACAAUAUGUACACAUGGCAGAUUUCUCAAGUUCUGAGUUCAGCACUUAGACAGGUAUGUUUUUGCCUCACUGACAUCCAGAACCUAUCUGUGCAGGUGGCAAACUUGUGCCAGUCUCAGUCUUUUCCAACUCAAUCCAGAAGGCAAUUGUGGGCUGAAGUCCCUAUGUAUUUGGAUUGCAGAAGAUAGAUGUGGAACAUAUAAUACCUUUUGAGAGUUUCUCUGUGGCUGUGCCUUUAAAAAUGCAUUUUCCUUUGUUGGAAGCCUGAAUCUCCUUGUGUCAACUGUGAAUAAAGGACACAACCAGUCAUGACUUCCAUAAAGGAGCAGGCAGCCAUCAGCAGAUUAAUAAGUUUUCUACAGGAAUGGGACAGUGCUGGCAAAAUUGCUCGAAGCCACAUUCUGGAAAAUUUUAUGCUAACCAACCAAGGCAAGACAGGUCCAGAACUGGAAAUAGAAUUCUCUCAAGGAGCCAGUUUGUUUCUCGCCCGUCUAACUGCUUGGCUCAGGUUGACGUACAUGUAUGGAACGUGCCUAGAGCAACAAUUGAAGUCCAUUGGUAUCUUCCUAUCAGCUGCAAGUGGCCAGCGGUACAUUAUUGAAUUCCUGGAAGUUGGUGGUAUCCUCACAUUGCUGGAAAUACUUGGGCUCAACCAACUGAAAGAGGAGGACAAAAGGGAGUCCAUAAAGCUUCUUCAGUUAGUAGCAAGAUCUGGCAGGAAGUUCAAAGAGAUUAUUUGUGAAAGCUAUGGUGUGCGAUCAAUUGCUGAGUUUUUGGCCACCUGCAAGUCAGAAGAGACUCAGGAGCAAGUACAGAUUCUUCUGGAUGCUUUAGGCCAUGGCAACCCCAAAUACCAGAAUCAAGUGUACAAAGGGCUGAUUGCUCUUCUAAAGUGCACCUCUCCCAAAGCCCAGCAACUGUCCCUACAAACAUUGAGGACAAUACAGACAAUUGUGGGAGAUGCCCAUCCAAGUAUUGUGGACUCAGUGCUUAGUGUACUCCGUUCUCUGCACCUGGAGGUGCAAUAUGAGGCAAUUCAACUGAUCAAGGACCUCAUGGCAUAUGAUGUGCGGCCAGCUUUGCUAAAAGGACUGGUUGCAUUGCUAAAGCCAUCAAGACAGGAGACUGCCAAAAUGCAAGCCAGAAUCCUGGAAGAAGCAGGUACGUUACACCUGAUGGAGUCCUUGCCAGCAUAUAUUCAGCAAGCUGCCGCUGCCAAAGCCAUUGGAAUUCUGGCCCAAGACUCCAGAGAUGUGGCUGAGGAGCUGGUCUUCUUGAGAGUGGUGCAUGGUCUCAUGUGUGCCAUGGGCAACAAAGAUCACACUAACUGCCAGAGGCAGGCCAGCAUUACCCUAGAGCAUUUUGUAAAGAUGUUCAUAGUGGUGGAGAAUCAUACCCGGAACGCCAUGGGAGAAAAAUUGUUCGAGCUCUUUAUGCAAGAUGCUACAAACUUGUACCUGAAUAUGGAUGCUGUACAGGCUGUUAUCCUGGCCACCAAUAUAGUCAAUAUUCCAGAAUAUAUUUUGGCUCAGGCAAAAAUGGAUAUUUCAGAGAGAAACUCAACUGCAGAAGAUGAACAGGAACAGCUGUCUCAAGAUAGCGAGUUGCUGCCUUAGUUAGCUACCUCUCAAUUGUCUUCAUUUAUGGGGAUGUUGUUCAGUUUCAUUUAUUUCUUCAUGCAUUCUAUUUCAGGCCCCACCACCCAUCCCCAUGAGAAAAAGAUGCAAAGCUCCAAGUGUCUUAUGACAGGUGACUUUUGAGUCCCUGUCCACAUCCCUUUUCUCAAAUCUGAAAUCUGCUUAGUUUGGUUAUCAACCACCAGACACAUCAAAUUGCUAAUUGUUCUGCAACAGCCUUCUUUGCAACAACAUAACCACAGACUAACUUGUGUCACAGACUUAUGAAAGUAAGGAAUAAUCCCUUAUACAGCCACUUUGAGUUCUGAGAAGGAGAUAGGAUAUCUAUGUAAUAAAUAAAAACAGUACUGAAUAACUAAAUUUAAGUCUCUGUGAUCAUACAUACCAGACACAAG